AUGGCGGACAAAACUGUUGUUGCAUUUGACCUAUACGGUACUUUAUUGUCUACAGACUCCAUUGUAAAGAAGCUGGAAAAGCUUGUUGGAUCCAAAGCAGAGUCCAUCUCGACGCUAUGGAGACGAUACCAGUUGGAGUAUACAUGGAGACUCAACAGCAUGGGACGCUGGGAGACUUUUUAUCAUGUCACCCAGAACUCGCUGCUCCACGCCCUGGCGGAACACGGCGAGCAACUCAGUGCCGAGGACCAAGAAAGCGUGAUGAAAGCCUAUGACAGCCUGGCUACAUUCGUCGAUGUCCAGCCAGCUUUGAACCGAGUGGCAGCCACCAAAACCAUCUAUCCCGUAAUAUUCUCAAACGGGGAUAGCAAGGCAAUUCGCAGCUCGGUCAAAGACUCGGCAGGCUUGGCUACGCACUCGAGCAUCUUCCAUGACCUGAUCUCUGUCGAGGACAUCAAACGAUACAAGCCAUCGGUCGAAAGCUACAAGCACCUCGCCGAGAAAGUCGGCAAGCAGUCCUCGCAGAUGAACGAGAUGUGGCUCAUAAGCGGGAACCCAUUCGACAUCGUCGGAGCGCGCAACGCUGGCAUGAAUGCCAUCUGGGUUGACCGAGCCAACAAAGGCUGGCAAGAUGCCGCCGUACCAACUCUACAGCCAACAGCAAUUGUACACAGCCUGGAGCAGAUCGUAGAGGAGAUCCACCGAGCGUGA